AGGUGCAGAAUGGGAAAACAUCGGCCAAUGGCAUGUCAAACGGCAUCCAUCUCCACAGCAAUGGGUUCCGGCUGUCUGAGGGACGAGCCCUCGUCAGCCCACAGGUAGAGCUACCUCCCUAUCUCGAGAAGAUUAAGCUGCAGGCCAAUGAGGCUUUUGCUUGCCAGCAGUGGACUCAAGCCAUCCAGCUCUACAGCAGAGCUGUCCAGAAAGCCCCCAACAACGCAAUGCUCUAUGGGAACCGAGCGGCUGCUUACAUGAAGCGCAAGUGGGAUGGAGAUCAUUAUGAUGCGCUCCGAGACUGCCUGAGGGCCAUCUCCCUGAAUCCUUGCCACUUGAAGGCUCACUUCCGCCUGGCCCGCUGCCUCUUCGAGCUGAAGUAUGUAGCAGAAGCCCUGGAGUGUCUGGAUGAUUUCAAAGGAAAGUUUCCUGAGCAAGCCCACAGCAGUGCUUGCGAUGCCCUGGACCGGGACAUCAAUGCUGCCCUUUUCUCCAAAAGCGAUAAUGGCGAAGACAAGAAAGGGAGUGGCCCCAUCUGGCUGCGAGCAACUGGCCGCAAGGAUUCCAUAUCGGAGGACGAAAUGGUGCUGAGGGAGCGCAGCUACGAUUACAAAUUCAGAUACUGCGGCCACUGCAACACCACCACAGACAUCAAAGAGGCGAACUUCUUCGGCAGCAAUGCGCAGUACAUCAUCAGUGGCUCCGAUGAUGGUUCCUUCUUUAUCUGGGAGAAAGAAACAACUAAUCUGGUUCGAGUGCUGCAGGGCGAUGAGUCGAUUGUGAACUGCCUCCAGCCUCACCCGAGCUACUGCUUCCUGGCUACCAGUGGCAUUGAUCCCGUGGUACGGCUUUGGAAUCCCAGGCCAGAAAGCGAAGCACUGAACGGGCGAGUGGUAGAAGAUAUGGAAGGCGCUUCCCAAGCCAACCAGAGGCGGAUGAAUGCUGAUCCCUUGGAGGUGAUGUUGAUGAACAUGGGCUACAGGAUCACAGGAAUGACUGGUGGUGGGUCUGGAGGCUCGGAUGACGAAGACAGCUCUGAGAAUCAGGUCCACUGCCGGACCAGCUAAAAGCUGAAUGGCCUCUCCUUCCUUAUUUUUUUUUUCCGUUUUCGUUUUGUUUCGUUUGAAGGGAAAUCUAGUUUGCUCCAUUUGAACUCAGAAGGACUGCACUGUUUCACACUAUGCACAGGAUGGGAUAUGCCAGCGAGGGCAGAAGUGACUGGUUUUUUUUUGACUGUUGCUGCAAUUUCUUCCUUCCCCCUGUUCUACUAUUAAGCAGCAUGGUAACGUGGCCUAUUUGAGUUUUGCCCGGUGGAAACUGGGAUCCUUUUUUCACAUUGUCUGUGAGCAGUGUGUACCGUCCCUUCGUCCAGUGUGGCUGGAUGGUGGGAAGCAUUUGCCUACAUGAGUGUGUUUUGCAGAGAGGUUGUUGAAAACUCAAUAAAAUGUAAACUUAGGGCAGGGAUGAUGGAAUGAUGUUCAGUACUGCGAUCUCUUGUCUCUGAAACUCAGCUUGCCUGCCAUGCCACGACUUUGUCAUUCAGCCCCCCCCCCCCCACACAGAAAACAGGUGGUGAACAUGUACACGCAUCAAAAACAUGGCCUUGAGAAGGUCGCUAAAUACACGGGCUCCCUCGGUGAACAUGGUUAGGGAAGUACGGAAAGCUGGUAUUGGGCAGAGCGCCUCACUCUGGUUGGUACCUCACACUUCCCAUCUGUCUGCACCCAGAAGAAACCAAGAGAGGACUGUCACGGUGGCAAGCUACAGCCACGAAGCUUGGCGGCUUAGAUAACAUGAGCAAGUAAAAUUAUCUGAUGUGGCUGCUUUUGGAAAACUUACUUUCCCUUUCCCCAAAGUAACUAAGUUCCCAUCUCUCGGUGGGUUAAGAAGUGGGGUGUUUGCUGGGAAAAAUAUAUAUAUCCUUACCAGUGGAGGCCAAGCUUCAACCAAGCUAUACAGUACCAAUAUGAUAACGAACUGGUCAAAGAUUUGGACUAAAAGCUGCCUCUUUCCUUAUUGCUGCUGUGACCUCCACUGCACAGUUCUUUUUAUUCCUUUCUUUGUCAUUAAAUCCUAAAAAAAUCUA